GCCAGGAGCGUCGGGAUCUCUGCGCGUGAGCGUUGCCAGUGCUGGGCGAGGCCGCGGCGCGCUUUGAGCGGCGCGAUGGAGUCUACAGUGGAAGAGUUGAUGCCCCGCCUCUUACCUGUAGAGGAUUGCGAGCUCGCGGAAGACUUCGACCCCACGGUACCCCCCCGAACUCCCCAAGAGUAUUUAAAGCGGGUCCAGAUUGAAGCUGCAAAAUGUCCUGAUGUUGUUGUGGCCCAGAUUGAUCCCAAGAAACUGAAAAAGAAGCAGACUCUAAAUAUUUCACUUUCAGGGUGUCAACCUGCUCCUGAAGGAUACUCUCCAACACUGAAAUGGCAACAGCAACAAGUGUCUCAUUUUUCAACCAUACGCCAGAGUGUGAACAAGCACAGGGAUCACUGGAAAGCACAGCAUUUGGACAGCAAUGUAACAAUGCCCACAACAGAUGAUGAGGAAGGUUGGAAAAAAUUCUGCUUAGGUGAAAAGUUGUAUUUAGAAUUAACAGAUCAAAUCUCAAGUGAUGAAAGUCCAGGAAUUGAUUAUGUACAGAUUGGCUUUCCUCCAUUGCUGAGCAUUGUUAGCAGAAUGAAUCAGGCAACAGUGACCAGUGUCUUAGAAUACUUGACAAACUGGCUGGUGGAAAAAGAAUUUACUCCAGAACUGGGCAGAUGGCUUUAUGCUUUGUUAGCUUGUCUGGAGAAACCAUUAUUACCAGAGGCUCACUCUCUAAUUCGACAACUGGCUAGGAAAUGCUCUGAAGUGAGAGUUCUGGAGGAGAACAAGAAUGAUGAAAAAGUAUCUGCUCUAAACUUGCUGAUUUGUUUGGUUGGAAGGUAUUUUGACCAAUAUGACCUGGCUGAUGAGGCAUCCUGAUAAACAUCUGAAAACUAUACAUGCACAAGUUGUUAAUCUUUCACAGGCAGGCAGUACUUUCAGAUCGAAGUAUGAAGAAUGGAU